CAGUAUAUGCUACUGCAACGACAUCCCUGGUUUAUUCAAAGAGUUUGGUCAAACAUAUGAUUCAAAAGAGUGGCGAUUGUUCAUAGACGGCAAUAAACUGAGUUUGAAGGCUGUAUUAUUGCAUAUUGGUAACAAAAAGCCUUUUAUCCCGAUUGCACAUGCAGUAGAUACAAAGGAAACCUACGAGGAAAUGCCAAAAAUACUCAAAUUUAUCAAAUAUGAAGAGCAUGAUUGGAAAAUAUGUUCUGAUCUCAAAGUCGUUGCAAUGCUAUGCGGUCUACAAAGUGGCUACACCAAGCACUGCUGCUUCCUCUGCAAGUGGGAUAGCCGAGCUCGUAAGGACCACUACGUCAGAAAGGAUUGGCCGGAAAGAGUCGAGUUUACCGUUGGUGUGGAUAACAUCAAAUAUACCCCUCUUAUCAAGAAAGAGAAAAUCAUACUUCCACCCUUACACAUCAAGCUCGGUCUCAUUAAAAACUUUGUUAAGGCUUUGGACAAAGAAGGCGAAGCAUUCGACUAUUUGAAAACAGUUUUUCCAGAUAUUUCUCAAGCCAAGAUAAAGGAAGGUAUUUUUGUUGGACCACAAAUAAGAAAGUUGAUCAACAAUAAUCAAUAAGGUCGUUGCUUCUUUUCUCGGUAGACACAAAAGCCCUAACUACGAGUAGAUAGUGAACGACCUAAUCAAUAAUUAUGCGAAAAUGGGCGUAAAUAUGUCUUUAAAAAUUCACUUUCUCCACUCACAUUUGAGCUUUUUUCCGGCAAAUCUUGGCGACGAAAGUGAUGAACAUGGCGAAAGGUUUCAUCAGCAAAUGAAAUUAAUUGAGAAUCGAUAUCAAGGAUUCUGGGACGUCGCAAUGAUGGGUGAUUACUGCUGGUUUCUCAUAAGAGAAACCGAUCCUAAACUGAAUAAGCGUCAAAGUAGAACACAUCAUUAUUUCGACAACAUAG